AUGGUGUCUACAGAUUACAGUACCUACAACCAAGUUGCAGCCCAGCAGGGCUACAGUGCUUACACUGCCCAGCCAACUCAAGGAUAUGCACAAACCACCAAGGCAUAUGGGCAACAAAGCUAUAGAACUUAUGGACAGCCUACUGAUUUCAACUAUACCCAGGCUCAUCCCACUGCCACCUAUGGGCAGACUGCAUAUGCAACUUCUUAUGGAAAGCCUCCCACUGGUUAUACUACCCCAACUGCUCCCCAGGCAUACAGCCAGCCUGUCCAGGGGUACAGCACUGGUGCUUAUGACACUACCACCACUACCAUCACCACCACCCAGGCCUCCUAUGCAGCCCAGUCUGCAUAUGGGACUCAGCCUGCUUACCCUGGCUAUGGGCAACAGCCAGAAGCCACUGCACCUGCAAGAAGACUGCAGGAUGGUAACAAGCCCGCUGAGACUAGUCAACCUCAGUCUAGCACAGGGGGUUAUAACCAGCCUAGCCUAGGAUACGGACAGAGUAACUACAGUUAUCCCCAGGUUCCUGGAAGCUACCCCAUGCAACCAGUUACCGUGCCUCCAUCCUAUCCUCCUACCAGCUAUUCCUCUACACAGCCGACUAGUUAUGAUCAGAGCAGUUAUUCUCAGCAGAACACCUAUGGGCAACAGAGCAGCUAUGGACCGCAAAGUAGCUAUGGUCAACAAAGCAGCUAUGGGCAGCAGCCUCCCACUAGUUACCCCUCGUCCCAGACUGGAUCCUACAGCCAGGCUCCAAGUCAAUAUAGCCAACAGAGCAGCAGCUACGGGCAGCAGAGUUCAUUCCAACAGGACCACCUCAGUAGCACGGGUGUUUAUGGGCAGGAGUCUGGAGGAUUUUCCGGACCAGGAGAGAACCGGAGCAUGAGUGGCACUGAUAAGCAGGGCAGGGGAAGAGGGGGAUUUGAUCAUGGAGGCAUGAGCAGAGGUGGGCGGGGAGGAGUAUGCGGUGGAAUGGGCAGCGCUGGAGAGCGAGGUGGCUUCAAUAAGCCUGGAGGACCCAUGGAUGAAGGACCAGAUCUUGAUCUAGGCCCUCCAGUAGAUCCUGAUGAAGACUCUGACAACAGUGCAGUUUAUGUGCAAGGAUUAAAUGACAAUGUUACUCUUGAUGAUCUGGUAGAUUUCUCUAAGCAGUGUGGGGUUGUUAAGAUGAAUAAGAAAACUGGGCAACCCAUGAUCCACAUCUUCCUGGACAAGGAAACAGGAAAGUCCAAAGGCUGCUGUGGAGUUGUUUGA